CCCAAAACUCCUUCCCAAAAAUCCUUAACGCAAAGGAUCGAUCAUGGCUUCCAUUCCCCCAAAACCAGAGAACCCUCUCCAUCUCCACACCACCAAGCUCACCCUCGGCUGCCCCAUCCUCGACUCCUUCCUCGGCGGCGGCAUUCCCUGCGGCUCCAUCACCGAGCUCGUCGGCGAGAGCUCCGCCGGCAAGACCCAGCUCUGUCUCCAACUCCUCCUCUCCUCCCUUCUCCCCCCUUCUCUCGGUGGCCUCUCCUCCCCUUCUCUCUACAUCUACUCCGAACCCCCCUUCCCUCUCCGCCGUCUCCUCCGCCUCUCCCUCCCUUCCCUCCCUCCCUGCCCUCUCGAUCACGUCUUCGUCCGCCUGUCCACUCACCCUGAUGAUCUCCUCUCCCUCCUCUCCCACCUCCCUGACUCCCUCCCCGUCCGCCUCAUCGUUAUCGACUCCAUCGCCGCCCUCUUCCGUUCCGAGUUUGACAACACUCCUCGCGACCUCAAAUCCCGCUCCUCCCUCUUCUUCAAAAUCUCCACCAAGCUCAAAGACCGCGCACGGAAGCUCGGCGCCGCCGUUGUGGUCACUAACCAUGUCGUCGACGUCGUUGAGGCGGAGUGCGGUGGUGCGCGCUGCUUGUGGUCGUCUGGUCGACGGGUUGUGCCUGCGCUAGGGUUAGCGUGGUCACAUUGUGUCAAUACUAGGGUUUUCUUGACGAGGAGUGAGGGAAUGUCGAGGAGUAGCAAUGGAGAGGAGUGCGAGGUGAGGACUCGGAGAAUGCAUGUGGUUUUCUCCCCUUGUUUGCCGGAGCGCUCGUGCGAGUUCGCCAUUGUUGGUCAUGGAGUGCUCGGUGUUGGCUAGUGAUCAGGUACCCAAGUAUUUGAUUCCUUGUUAUCUCUUUUUUUGUGAUAUGCCUAUCAAGUGUUUGAUGAAAAUCUUUAGCAAAAUGCAAGCUUUGAAGUGUAGUCCUUUUUGCCCAUGUUUCUCUGAUUAUAUAAUAUAUAUACACACACUGUUUAUGUGUAUAGUUUUGCACAGAUUGCAUCUGGUCAUCAGUCUGAUGAUUCUAUUGUUAUGAAGAUGAUGAAAUGAAAUUUCAG